AUGAACAAUUCGACCUUGAUAAACGCUUCCACAAAUGACAGCGAACCUCCCGCCUACUCGCAACUUCCGGUAACAGCUCCCCCUGCCGCACGACUUCCCGUACAGAAUCCCUACGCCGAAAUGCUUCCAACUUACGAGCAUGCCAAAGUCGACAUGCCUCCAUCAUAUCCGAUCCCAAAAUAUGCGGAUAGUCCAUUCGAUGCUCCCAUCGAGCCGCAAGAACCCUGGCCUCUUACCAAGAAAUUGUACAUUUCUGGCUUCGUAUUCUGGCCUCUCUGUGAAGUUCAAUCGCUAGCUGUCAAGGGUCACCGUCCUGUCGUCGUCGUAGUCUCGGGACCAUCCGGUACCGGAAAGUCGACGCUACUGAAAAGACUAUUCCAAGAGUACCCCGACUAUUUUGGGUUUAGCGUCUCACAUACAACGCGAUCCCCGCGCCCCGGAGAAGAGGACGGAAAACAUUACCACUUUGUAUCUAGAGAUGAGUUCCUGUCUUUGGUCUCACAGAACAAAUUCAUCGAGUAUACGGAAUUUUCAAAGAAUUUAUACGGAACAAGUAUUAAAGCUGUCAAGGAUGUAGAAGACUCGGGAAAGAUUUGUAUUCUGGAUAUUGAGUUACAAGUAAGAGUUGCCAAAAAAGUAGUUGGAAUGGGGCAUCAAUUGAUGAAAGGCGACCGGCAUAAGCCAAACCCUAUCGGAUCGAUUCCCGUUAUUAACCACUUAUUCAUUUCAUUCCCGUCCGGAUAUAACCUCUCCCUUCCCCCUCCCCACUUUUCUUCUCUUCCAAUCACCUCUAAUACCUUCCAGGGAGUCAAAGCGGUAAAAUCCAAAUCUUCCCUCCUCGAUGCCAGAUUCCUCUUUGUUGCUCCACCAUCACUAGAAGUCCUCGAACAAAGACUCCGCGGAAGAGGGACAGAGACUGAAGAAUCGAUAAAAACACGAUUAAAAGUGGCAGAAGAAGAACUCGCGUAUGCUAACCAAGAAGGCGCGCAUGAUUUAAUUGUCGUAAACGAUGUUCUAGAUGAGGCAUACGAAAAGUUUAAAGCGUUUAUUGUAGAAACUUAUGAAAGCAAGUUUAAAAAAGGGUAG